UGAAGUGAAGUGAAAGGAAAGGAAAUAAAAAACAAAAUCAUAAAUCUAAAAUAACGAACUAAUGUCGAUUAACUACUAGCGACACGAAGUGGUGACGUACCUUGACUUUUCUUGGAAUCACCAGCAGUCCCCUUUGAAGAGGACUGUGGGUAUUUGGUCUUUUUGUCCAUUGGCAGUUCGGCUAUAAUUGGCCUCGUUUUUCGCGUUGGCAGAGAUGUGGUCUCCUCCGUAUGGAGAAAUAAUAUUUUUCUGCAAGCCCUUCAUCUUCUUCAAUAAGCCAUGUUUCGUCAGUUCCAAAGUUGUAAAAGAAACCCUCGAUAAGCCGAUGGUCGACCGUCGAUGAGUCGGUUUAACGACGUUUAAACGAAGCACAAAAAAAAGCGAAAGCUCUCGCUUUUUAGGAAGCGAUUGGCCUCCCUUUCGUCGUAAACGACGAUAUAAUAUUUCUGCGGACCACCGCGGUCGCGAUUUCGUCGCUAUGAUGGCGACGAAAUUAAUGAUCUUUGCGCAACCGGAAGUUUAGUUUGCAACGUCAUUCGUUACUCGGUAUCAUUACUUUAAAUAGUAACUAGCAUACUUUAAAGAUACAUUAUAAACGUGUACCAAAAAAAUCUUUAACUUUUCAAAUUUUCUAGCAGAUAGCGCUUUAAUCAUCUUAGAUUGUAUUGUUUCUUCUUGUAAUCGUUCAUUUAAACUAACGUAGUACAUCGAUACUUCCGUUAUUUAAAUGAUCAAAUGCUAGUUAUCGAAGCAGAGACCUCUUGAGUUUCAUAACGAUUAAGAUUCGAACGAUAAGGAUAAAGUUACAGAUAUUCUUUGAUAAUAAUACUUACGAUGAUUAUUAUAGCAGAGGUUAAAGUAUGAUGAUACGAUAGAUCCUUUAUAAAAUUUUUCAUAUAAUAGAAUGUUAAUAAAGAUAUUCAUUUAAUUAAUGUCGAGAGAAAGGCGCAAUUCGGCGCAUGCGCAAAGAUUGUGUUUUAGAAGCACGUUAUGUCUGCAAAUAAUAUAUAUGUAUACAGUUAUUUUACCAGCUGUAGAAACACCUUACAAAAGGUUUAUAUAUAGGAAAAAAAAUUUGGUAUUCAUAAUUGGUUUGAUAUUCAUAAUACGAGAAAAGAAUAUUUUUUUUUUAUAUUUAUGAAAUUAAAUUUUUUAAAUUACUUUUUGAAAAUGCCAUUUUAUUAUGCUGUUGCUAAAGGUCGAAAACCAGGAAUUUACCUUAAUUGGUCAAAAUGUUAUGAACAAGUUAACAAAUUUAAUGGAUCUAUAUAUAAAAAGUUUUCAUCGCAGUUAGAAGCAGAAAAUUUUAUAAAACAAUGUGGUGGUUCUUCGGAUACGUUAUCAUCAAGCAAGUUGAUUGAAGAAAAUAAGUUUGGAUGUAUAUUAAAUCAGGAAAGGAAAAAUAUACAGAAACGUACGUUGUCACCAGGAUCAAGAAAAUUGGUUUCAAAGUCUAAAAUAAGGAAACUUGAAUCUGUUGAAAUUUUAAAGGAUUCUCAUUGUACAUCUCAAGACUCAAAUCAUACUGUGGGAAAAGAAUAUGUUGAUGUAUAUACAGAUGGGGCAUGCUCAUCGAAUGGUAGAAGAGGUGCACGAGCUGGAAUCGGUGUUUGGUUUGGUGACAAUCAUCCUUUAAAUGUAUCCAAACCUGUAGUUGGUAGGGCAACUAAUAAUAUGGCAGAGAUUCAAGCAGUGACAGUGGCAGCUAGACAAGCCGAAAAAGCAGGCAUAAAGAAAUUAAAAAUUAAUACAGAUUCCAAAUUCCUUAUUAAUUGUAUCACAAAUUGGAUGCCCAAAUGGAAAAGAAAUGGGUGGAAAACUGCAACUAAUAAACCAGUUAUCAAUAAAACUGAACUUUUGGAAAUGGAAGCAGCACUUAAAUCUUUAGAUGUUAAAUGGAAUCAUGUGAAUGGACACGUCGGUAUCUAUGGUAAUGAAAUGGCAGAUAAAUUAGCAAGACAAGGUAUUGCAUGUGACUAGUAAUCUUUGAAAAAAUAAUGUCAAUUAUUUAUUUUGACAUGUAUGUAUAGAUAAAACAUUUUGUAAAAUUUUGCAUAUUUCAUUUAGUAUAAUCUAUACCCUUUAAUGUUAAUAUUUAUAACAAUUUUUUAAAAAUUAUUAUAAAAUAUUUCUGUAAUACGAUAAGUAUAUGAAAGUACUUUGAAAUAGUUUAUAUUGUAACGUGAACUUCAAAUAAAAGCCACAUGUUUAUAUAAAUAAUA